ACGCAGGUUUGCUCAGUCAGGCAGAUCUGGGUUGUACAUUCAGCAAAGCUGCAGCUUGAAAACUUUUGCUUUACCUCCAGAGUCAGUCAAGUUCUCCUGCUGAGUUCUCGAUUUAGCAUUGAACAUCAAGGAAUCCUCCUGGUCCAGGAUAAGUUCAGAGGUCUUUAGAGAUAAAAGAAACCGACCCAACUCUUUCUAAGUCCAUUGAAAAGGAUGGAACAGCAAAGCUUCUUCACUCACAGAAAAGCAUUGGUGGUGAUGUGCAUUGCAGUAUUUUUGCUGACCCAGCAGGCACAUGCAGGUCCGCUGAUAUCACGGCUUCAGUCUGGCUCUGACCAGAUCCAAGACGUAAGAGGGGAACACACAGAGCACAUGCUGAAAAGAAUUGCCCGCAUGACCCCACUAUGGAGGAUCAUGAGCAGCAAACCAUCUGGAGCUUUCUGCCAAAACAACUUUGAAUGCGCGACUGGACUCUGCAGGGAGGGACGCUGCUCUACAAACCAACGCCCCUCAUCAGAGCCUGUGAAAUAUUAGAUCCUCCAGGACGCCGCCAGCGAGUUUACAUCAGUGUUCAAUCCCAACCUGGAGGCAUUCUGAAAACUAGGAUACAAACUUUAUUUUUAUCUGUAUUAUCUGAAUUUGUAUUUAUAACUAUGAGUAUAUCUGCACAGCUACUUGGAUUUAUUGCCGAUUUAACUACCAGAAAAUGGAUACAAACAGCUAAAUAUGUGCAUAAUUUUGUAUGAAGUGAGGAAAGUCACCAAAAUGACUUUGCUGCUGUAAUUUAAAAGCUUUCAGCCCUCGCCCAAAAGAAGAUGAUUUUUGUUUUUGGGGUGUUCAAGUUACUUUAGCCUUGAACUUCAUUCUACAAAUGAUGUGAUGGAGUUUUGUAUGCACACACCCUUCCUAAUAACACAGGAUUGGUUGAUAGUUGGAUUCUUAUGACAUAACAAUAAUGACCCAUAAAAAAAAAAAAACAGAUAUAAGAUACAAAUCCCAUCAUUUUUACAUUCUCUGGACAAAACUGGCUUAAACUGUUUCCUUAGAUUGUCUUUUAUCUGUAGUUUUAUUCUAAUGACAGAUGGUAGGAGCAGGAACCGAUCUAAAGCACAGAGACUCUUUCACGACCUUCGCUCCUUCCGACCUUCGUUAGAAGUUUAUAUCAUUAUGCUGUUUUGAAGUACGCACGCAUUCCUUUUUUUUUUUCGAGAAAGUCUACGCAGCAGAAGAUAACCUACAUACAUAGUGAUGCGAUUAUCAGAGCAUGGAAACCCCAAACUGAAAUGCUUCUAACAAGAAAUUACAGAUUUUUCCUCAAAAUACCAAUCAUUAUUUAUUCUCUAGAAGAGGCUGUGUCCUGCACAACUGACAAAAUACUAAGAGAGAUUUCAGACUUCCUUUCAAAUGCUUUGUUUAAAAUGAACAGCACUAAAUGGAUCAAACUUUAAGUUGGCAAUGAUAAACUAUAUUGAGUUCUAAAGGGAGAAAUAAUUUUGUUUACAGGAUAAAAUCGCAUACGUAUUUAUUUGCCUUCUUUGUCUAAAUGUCAAAAAUGUUCCUGUUUGUAUUUAGCUCUUAUUUUUGGUUCAGUCUAGAAUAAUUUAUCACUCUAAAUUGGUUUUCUUCAAGCGCUCAACAUGGAUCUGAUUCAUAACCAGGAGCUGCACGGCCUUAACGUUUGCACAUCUAUCCCCUGACACUGAAAGGGUUUAGUCUUUUUUUAACACGCCUGCAGAGUUUACAUCAUGCACAUGGCAGGCAGAGUCUGAUGUUUUGCGCACUUUGUGUCAGAGAGAGAUUUUAGUUGGACUGCACUUUUUAAAUCUAAAUAUCGUUGUACUGUACGGUGUUACAAGCAUGUAAAAGAGUGGAGAAAAAGUCAAAUAAAAGCUUUUGAAAACGGA